GAAGAUGAUGAUGAUGACCUUGACACUUUAGAUGACCCUGCAGAGGAUAGUAAGGUCAACCCUCUCGACCUCAUAGUAGCACUCUUCCUUUGUGCUGACAGCUUCUUGCAACAGGAACUGGCCCUCAAGAUGUCAAUGUGCCAGUUUUCUGUCCCACUGCUGUUGCCCCAUGCCAAUAACAGUCAGAGUACCAUGAUGCUUUGGGCUCUGAGAGACAUCGUCAAAGAGUGGCGUCCACAUGAUUUGUCUGAAUCAAGAGGGUUUGUUGAAGACAACAUUAUCCAAGCAGAUAUUCCAUUCUACUCCUUUGUGAGGCUGAAAAACUGCAGUUUAUCCAAGUCACAGUGUUUGAAUCAUGUUCUCAGCUGUGGCCAACAGAAUCAAAAUAUGUUCAUAAACAGAGAUAUGAAAGGAGGAGCCCUUAAAAGAAAGAUUUCAAAUGGUUUAGUAGAGGUGGGCUGGUACCUUCCCAGUGGUACUGAAAGCCUUGACAUAUUUCCAAAACCAGUUGCCUUCGCCAAUUUGCGUGGAGACAUUUGUGAGUCACUCGCACAGUUCACUUUUCUUUUUCAAGUGUCAACUGCUACCUUUGUAUUCCUGGACAAAGUUGAAGAAGAGGAGCACAAGAUUCUGACUUCUCUUCAAGAUGUGAAACUGUUCAUUGUUGUUAACUGCAUGGAGGGAAAUGCCAAAAAGGACAUGAUGUCUGUCAAUAACACACUGAAAAAAUUAGACUUACCAAAGACCAGUGUGAAAAUCAAAGUCCCAAGGGUAAAUGUUGCAGAGUUUUCAGAGAAACUUUGUGCAGCCAUCAAGAAAUCCCUCAAAGAUGUAAAAACCCCAAAAAGCAUUGCAAAUAUGCUUGACAAAGCUGUUGAACUUGGUCUGUCUGUGGAUGAACGGACAAGUGACGACCAAAGGAAGGCAGCUGAGGAGAUUGUGAAAGAAAUCGGAGUGGGACCUAUACCAGACUACAAGAAAGAACAACUUCCUUUGCAAGGAGAUAACUGGAAAAGGUUAUCACAGUUAGAGAAGGAGGAAUGUAGGUUAAAAAAAGCUGGAGAUCUAGGACAGGAAGAAUAUAAAUCUCAGCUACUGGCAGAAAAAGAUCAAAUUAAGGAGGAGCUUAGCAAACACAAACUAUCCAAAGCUAUACAAUGUUUUAUCAAAACCUUAUCAACAAGUGACAAAGCGAAAAGAGAGUUUUUCCUGAAGUGGAUGAAUCUUAAGCUGAAUGCACAUUUGCAGGCUGCCAUUCAACUACCUUUACUGCGUCACAAGUUGACAGAGCAGAGCAACAAAGAGGAGAAAAACAUGAAAGAGAUUGCACAGUUGGAUCAGGCUUUGCUAGAUAGCUCUUUAGGACUAGAGCAUUACAUGAGAGAGAUGGGGCUGAUCUAUGAGUUUUCAUUGCAGUCACGAGACACUGCUGAUAAAAUAUUUCGUCUCCCUGGUGUGGCAGCUGAAAUGCUGUUGGAUGGAUAUCCUUUAGAGCUCUUAGAUGGAGAUGCUUCUAACAUCCCAGAGAGAUGGGUGACAGAUGUGCUAAUGGAGCUUCACAGGAAGGUUGGAGAGAAGAGCAGACUGUUGGUACUGACGGUGUUGGGUGUUCAAAGUAGUGGGAAGUCAACACUCCUCAACACCAUGUUUGGUGUGCAGUUUCCUGUCAGCAGUGGCAGAUGCACAAGAGGAGCUUAUAUGCUCUUCCUCAGAGUAAGUGAGGAUAUGCAAUGUCAGCUGAACUGUGACUUUAUAGUUCUCAUUGACACAGAAGGUCUUAAAUCUCCUCAUUUGGCACAACUAGAGGACAGCUAUGAACAUGACAACCAGCUGGCAACCUUUGUCAUUGGCUUAAGUGAUGUCACCAUUAUCAAUGUCUCAAUGGAGAACUCAACAGAAAUGAAAGAUGUCCUGCAAAUUGCAACACAUGCUUUCUUGAGAAUGAAGGAAAUUGGUAAAAAGCCAGUUUGUCAUUUUGUGCACCAGAAUGUUGGUGGAGUCUCCGCUCACGCAAAGACCAAGGCUGACAGAAAACAUUUCUUGGACCAGCUCAAUGAAAUGACUCAAAUUGCAGCCGAAAUGGAAAAGCAGCCCGCUAUAAAAGCUUUCACAGAUGUUCUGGACUAUGACAUGGAAAAAAAAAACUGGAACAUCCCAGGACUCUGGCAUGGGACCCCACCGAUGGCCCCAGUAAACACAGGUUACAGUGAAGCUGUAGCAGAUUUAAAGAAAAAUCUUUUGGAGACAGGGAAAGGAGACAAAAGCGAUGAAGUCCCACAAAUCCCAGAGUUUCUAGAAUGGAUGAGAAGUCUCUGGAAAGCAGUCAAAUAUGAGAACUUCAUCUUCAGUUUCAGAAACACUCUUGCGGCUCAUGCAUACGACAAUGUCUGCAAAGAGUUCAAUCACUGGGAAUGGGAGUUUAGAAAAGAGAUUCUCUCCUGGCAGACAUCAGCAGAGUGGGAUAUCUUAUAUGACAGCCUCAUUAAAUCAUUGGGUGAAUUAAAGGAACAGCUGCAGGAGGAAUUCUCAAACUCUGAAGACAUCACUGAGACUCUGAACAAACUUCCAAUCAAACCACAAGAUGAGCUUUUCAAGCGGAUGUUUGGCUGUGGACAACAAUGUCCAUUUUGUAAAGUUCCUUGUGAGGCUGGAGGCAAAGAACACGAGAAACAUCAUGCAGCUGUUCAUCGACCAAAAGGUCUCGGUAGGUACACUUUUGUGAAAACUGAGAAGCUGGUUGAAACACUGUGUACAACAGAUGUGCACAGUGACCGUAAAUUCAGAAACACAGAAACUAACUGGGAGUACCAUCCUUUUAAGGACUACAUGGACUACUAUCCAGACUGGCUCAUUCCUCCUGACUCCACCAUUAAGGCAUCUUACUACUGGAAGUAUGUCCUGGUUCAAUACAAUGAAAGAUUUGCUCAAGAAUACAAAGCCAAACCAGCUGAUGUUCCAGAGGCCUGGAGGAGAAUCACAAAGGAACAAGCACUGAAGGGAUUAAAAGAUGCCUUCAAUAUAAAGUGA